CCUUUUGUGCCCUGAGCGAGGGAGAAGCGCGUUUGCGUUCCAACUUUGCGCACUCGCUCUGGAGUUUCUCUCUCGGGUUUUAAUUGAAACCUCCGGAGUUUUUGCGCCUGGCGGAUCUUGCGCAGCGCGGCGGAAAGAUAAGAAGACAAAUGAAAAGGCGCGCUGGAUGGAACUCGCGUAAAUUACGCGUCUGGCAGUGAUUUACUGACAGGGAGUGUGCUGCUCCGGGCUGCGGUGAAUAUAUGGUUGACCCUGGAAGCCAUACGAUUUGUGAUAUAUUCUGCUUCAGUGGAGUUGAAUCCUAUUUGUGAUGGAUAGCUACAUAUUGACGUGGAUGGUGACGUGCGCGCUCCUGCGCCUCUCGGUUACGCAGAGCUCCGCACCUGAGGGAGUGCUGAACUGCUGCGAGGGUGACGUCCUCUUUUUAGUGGAUUCUUCUGGGAGCGUGACGUCCUAUGAGCAUUCCCGCAUGCUUUCCUUCCUGUCUAAGCUCCUCCUCCCCUUCUCCUUAGGGGAGGACCAGGUGAGGGUGGGACUCCUGCAGGUGGGCACCAGACCACGCCUUGAAUUUAGCUUUAACAGAUAUAUUACCCAAAAUGGCCUCCAGGGAGCUUUGAAAAACAUCAGACCCCUCAGAGGGGACACAAACACUGUGGACGCCAUCAAAUUAGCAAAAGAAUUGGUGCUGCGACCUGGAUCACAGGAUGGGGCUCGAUUAGGGCUCCCCAGAGUGCUAGUGUGGUUGACUGAUGGGAUAAAACCAGGAGAUGUGACUGGACCAAUGGCUGAGCUACGAGAGGAAGGCGUGGCAGUGCUAGUGGUUUCCACUGGGCACAGCAACUAUAAGGUGCUAAGGGAGGUGGUGACCCCCCCUGUGGAAAGUCACCUGCACUUUGUGGAUAUUGAUGACAUGGACAUCAUCACAGAUGACCUGCGGGAUGCCAUAAUAGAAAUUAUCCGAGCUGAGCGCAUCCAAGUCCGAGACAUCACCACCACAGCUGCCACUCUCCAGUGGCGCCCCGUUCUGUCCGGUUUGAAGGGUUACUAUGAGAUCCAGUUUGGUCAGGCUCCGACCCCGGGGGCAGGGGGUGGUGGAAGUGGAUCCGGGACCAGUCCGAGCACCGGUGGGAGUCAGUAUCAGAGGCUCACUCAGCCUGCGGACUCUAACAGCAUCAGGCUGACUGACUUGAAGCCUGACACCACCUAUACCGCCAAACUGACUCCAGAUUCUAACCAAGUAGAAUUUAACUCAUUAUUUGUCACUUUCAAAACAAAGCCAGAGGUUGCAAGCCCAGCUGUGAUAACCGUCUCAGAGUCUGGGAAAACCAGUGUUCGAGUGAGCUGGGGUCCACUACAACCAGAGGUGGUAACAAGCUACCUCAUAGAGUACUCCAUCUUGCCUGGGGGCAAGCUCCAUCAACGCACAGUGGGUCGAACGCAUAACUCCACUCUGCUGACAGAGCUCCAACCGGGCACCACAUACCUGGUCACAGUUACGGUCUGGUACGCCUCGGGAAAGCAGAAGGCCAUGUCUGUCAAAGCGUGCACUCAAGAAGUGACUCCAGCCCUAGCAGACCUCCAUCUGACCACUGUGGGGAGUGACUCGGUGAAGGUGGACUGGAGGGGCAGCGCGGAUGGUUUGAAGGGCUACUGGCUCACAUGGGAGGCACAGCAAAACGCAAUCCCCAGCCAGCGCUCCUCCUUCUAUUUGCCACCCGAUUCUCUGACAACACGACUCGCACAUCUCCCCCCCUCCGCGCGAGUGUGUGUGUCACCCAUUUACCAGACAGCACGGGGAGAGGGACUCUGCUGCACAGCAGAAUUUCAUUCAAAUGCAUUUGCAUAUGGCUACCAGUCAUAGCAGCCGCUAACGGCACGUGCACCUUACCAAACAUGGAGGUAGAAUGAUGAGAAGAAUGCUGACUUCCAUCCAUAAUUCUUUUGCAUGCCUUUCCCCUCUGUGGACAUUAUCCAGAAGAGAUUGUGGUUUGGCUCACCGAGCGCUCAUGUGGAAGUCACAGACAUUUCAGAACGCUGCGGGACAAUAUGGCCACAUGUUGGCUGUUUAAGUUCUGCAACACAAAGUAUUAUCUGCUCUUCUGCGUUUGUUGUCACAUCUGGGUUUCACCUGUUGCUUGUGUCAAAUUCACCACUCCAAAGAUUAUUUUAAUGUGUCGUGUCUCGUUUGCAGUUUCUAAGCAAGGCAAGCUGGGACUGUUGAUGGUUUUUUUUUUGGGCUUGUUUUGGAGAAAGGCUUCACAACACAUGCUCACCAUGUGUCCAAUAACCCUGCUAACACAGAACAUCUGACACCCAUUUACUAUAAAUAAUGUUGUAAACAUAUACUUAUGUCCUGCGUCUCUUUACAGGAUGUAUUGAAAACUUAUUUGUGUACACCAGAGCGGUCAACAUUAAAACAAGUUUAUGAACAUCAGGAGCCUUCAAUCUGACCAAUCAUGUGUUCUUAUAGAGAUUCUUUGUAUAAUACAGAUGCUUGUAACUGAGAGUUAUUGCUCUGAUGAAUAUUAAUCCAUAUUUUUAUGUAUGUAUUGAGAAUUAUGUAAUUAAGAGGAUUAACACCUUGGAGUAUCCACAGAUGAACUGUUUACAUUAUAAGACCGUUACCAAUUCACAGCUAAUCUUUGCUGCCCCCUACUGUCAUACUCGCUGUUUGUUGCUUUCUGUUGAAAUCUGGCUGAAAUCUAUCACAAGCUUUCAAUAAAACCAGUUAACAUGUA